ACACAGCUGGAUGGAGAGCGGCGCGGCGGCGGCAGCGGGCGAACGAUGCGACAUUUCCACAUUUUUCAAGUCUGUCACUGAAACCGAGCGGCGGCCGCUGGAACCGGGUCAACGAGGCGUCCGUUCACCGACGUGGAGAUAAGAAAGGCUGGACACUGAACGCAGCACGCUUGCAAACAAAUCGCUCCGUUUUAAUGACUCUGAGCUUUGCGUUCACGUAUCAGUCCAGAUAGCUACUGAGCUGCAGACAGUCAGACAGACAGACGGACAGACAGACAUGAUGGAGUCCAUCCUUGACAGUUUAGCAGCUGAGAAGCUGUACCCGUCCGGAGGCACCAACCUGUUGGACCUGGAGGAACUUAGCGACGGAGAUUUCCUCACUAACGUGCCUUUCUCAGGUGAACAGAUGGACGACUUCAGCAGUGAGUUAUUCAACAGUUUCUUUGAGGACCACCUAUUAGAGCGCCCCCUGCUGACAGACAGACCUUCACUCCUACACAUGGACAUGGAUAUGGACAUGGACAUGGACAUGGAGAGCAGCCCAGAUAUUCAAGCAGAGCACAGCUACUCUCUGAGUGAAGACUCUGCCCCACAGAGUCCGGCCCUAUCCAUCAAAAUGGACCAUGAGUCUGAGUUCGAAUGGAGCUUCAGUCAGGACUUGUCGGCCAUGCUGGUGAAGCAGGAGGAGCCCGACGCGGGUCAAAGGUCAGAUCCUCAGCCGCUGGAGGGGCCGCCGCUCACACUGGACCCCGCGCCCGCACACAGAGCGUCAGCGUGGAGGCGCACGGAGCCCAGUGAGGACGAGGCGAAGCCCGUGGCCAUAAAAGACGAACCCCGAGAGUUCGGGCAGUACCUGAGCCUGCCUGCGGGUACGUACGGCGCAAAGCCCGCCCGCGCGUCACAGAGCGGCCCAGCGGCGAACGCGCGCUCACACGCAGAACCUUCCUCCUCCGUAGACGACGCGCUGCAGCUUCCCCCCACGCCUCCCAGCAGUAACCAUGGCGACAGCGACGGCUCCCUCCCGCCGUCGUCCCCGCACCUCGCUCUGCCGCCGUCGUCCCCUCAGCCCCAGCAGAGGCCGGGGGGUCGGGCUUCCUCCUCCUCCUCCUCCUCAUCCUCAUCCACAGCCAUCUCCUCGUCACCGCUCCUCACGGCUCCACAUAAGCUGCAGGGUUCUGGACCCCUGAUGCUGACAGAAGAAGAGAAGAGGACCCUGGUUGCCGAGGGUUACCCGGUACCCAACAAGCUUCCUCUCACCAAGAGCGAAGAGAAGGCACUGAAGAGAGUCCGGCGGAAGAUUAAAAACAAGAUCUCAGCUCAGGAGAGUCGGAGGAAGAAGAAGGAGUACGUGGAAUGUCUGGAGAAAAAGGUGGAGGGCUACACGUCUGAAAACAGCGACCUGUGGAGGAAAGUGGAGAACCUGGAGACUGCCAACAGGUCUCUGCUGCAGCAGCUCCAGAAGCUUCAGUCACUGGUUUCAGGGAAAGUUGUCCCCCGCUCCUGUAAAAUGGCCUCAACUCAAACAGGGACGUGUCUCAUGAUGAUGGCCGUCUGUUUUGUCCUGGUGUUGGGCUCCUUCUCCCCCUGCCUCUCGUCUUUCUCCUCCUUCCUCACUCACACCUCCUCUUCCUCUCAGUCCUCCUCUCCUGCUGCCCCGUCAGCGGACCUCUACACCACCAGUCAGGUCCGUUCUCGCAGCUUGCUCUUCUACAACGAAGGGGCUCCGCUGGAGGAGAGGCUACAGUCAGAAGCCCCCUCCCACAUCCAGACAAGCCGCUACACAGCUGAGUCCCACAGGAACCGGACCGCUGGGCCCGAGUCAGACCUGAGAGAAACCAAAGCAGAGGGCGCGUCAGAGUUCUUCUGACGGCCAGCCCGAUCCUCCUCACCCGACUUCUGACCUCUGACCUCUAAAAAGACAAACACCUCCAGACUUCUAGAGUCGUCACAUUAUCACCACCCAGCUGAACUGCAGCCUGUCUCCAUCUACAUGUUCCAUCGUCCCCGUCGUGGAGCUUCGAUUCGUCCACGGUCCAACCUGCUUGUACGUAGCUCCUCCAGGCUUUGCUGAUUGUAAACAGGCCAUGUUAGCAUUAUGUCCAUUUGUACAUGUUAAAAAAACAGCAGGAGGAACAGUUCAAGUAGCAUUUUAACAUAAAUUCCACAGAAACGAGUCAAUUGUUUUAAUGUGAGGAGCGUCCAACAUUCUGUCACAACAGCUCUACAGUUAUUAGGGACUACAGCCACUUCUGCCUUGUAGCAAUGAGCGUUAUGGGAUUUCAUUUAGAGCAACAGUACUGUAUAAAAAGAAGCUUCACGUCCACCUUGCUCUCAGUUUUGUGCUUAGAUUUUUUUUAAUUUGAAUUUAAAUAGUGAUCAAUGCAACUGAUAACCAAUCAAUUCAUAUUAAGGGCUUUAUCUGAUGGAUGCCUGUGAUUAUUGAGUCAUCUGUUCUUUUUGUAAAUUAAUUAAAAACGUAGUCCAAAACUAUAAAGGCAAAAAGUGCAAGAAGCAAAUCACACUUUCCAAAGCUGAGGCCAAGGUUUUAAAGUCAGUUUGUUUUGCCCAAGCACUAGUCCAGUUAUAUAAAACGUCGGCUGUCGGCUAAUCGGAUAAUUAUUUUACCUUUGUGUUUCCAACACGCUAAUGUUUUAAUGAAAAACGCAUCCUUCGUCAUUUUAAAAGUGCCUUCCACUUCUUUCAAGGACUAACUUGGCCUUAACCUAAACCUGGAAACCUAAACUCUACGAUCACACACGGUUUAAAUCAGAGCUGGCCUCAGCGUUGUAGGAUCUUGGGGGAGAUUUUAUUCAUUUUGUCAUUUCUCCAGUGGAACUAACCUCAAAGUGGAUUCAUGUUUGAGAUUUAUCUGCGUGUUUAUCUGGGGCCACAAAGUGUAGUUAUGACUACACAUAAAACAUAGAUUGAUUCAUUUUUAAUCCAUCUUGAAAGUUAAAGGUACUUUUACACAUAACAAAACUCAAAACCAUAUUUUCCUAUGAAGGGGUCCUGACAGAGGUUGGGAAAACAUAAAAGUAUUUUUAUGGAAUUUAAUUUUGUAUAUGUAAUAUAUUUGCAGCAUCAAAAAGAGCAUAUUUAAUUUAUGCAACAAAAAAAUUAAUACUGAAUUUGUUUUUAAAAUUAGUUUAUAUUAUUGUCUUUUUUCUAAAUAAUGUUUAUGAAAAAAAAGUAAAAACACAAUUUAUAAUAUAUUCCGAGCAUCAAAAAAGAGCAUAUUUAUUUUAUGCAAAAAAAAAUAAAUAGUGUGUGUUGUGAUUUGGCAUUUAUGAUGAUGUGACAUACUGUUUAAUGACUUAUAAAACUUUGACCUGAUGUUUGUCUUUUAACUGUAAUACAGUGUUUAUGUUUCACUGCUGUCACAUGAAAAUCUUGACUAUGUGGCAAUUUCAAAAUGUCAUCAAGUUGUAAAAUUUAAUCUCAAAAUGUGAUUUUUUGCUCUGAACUUUAGUGUUUGAUUUAAAAGGAAGAAAAACAAUCAAACAAAAUGCUAAAAUGUAAAAUUAAACAAUAAUGCUCAAUAUGAAAAAAAUAAUUAACAUAAAGACAUCCACAUCUAAGCAGCAGAGGAAACUGAUGAACAUUUAUACCAAACGUGCUCAUGCGACAGCAGUGUAUGUUGUAUUUAUUCCUGUUUGUAGAAAGUGUGUAUAUAUUGAGGAAGCUAAUCAGGGGACUAAUACAUUCCUGGAAGUAAAACACCACUAGCUUUGUACCACAACUUAAAGGAACCAGGACAUUUUAAGAAAUCAUUUUUAAACAAUUAUUUUGUCAACUAAUCAGAUGUUCUUAAAGAAAUGUCAAAGGUUUCCUUAUAAACAUAUACUCCCACAGUCAGAAUUCCAAAGGAAAUCACUAUAAAACAACCAUAAAUACUAUUUUCAUCUAAACCAUUUCAGUUAAGUAGUUUUCUAUUUUGCUUUUGUGUACCUGUUCUUUUUUUGUCCCUCAUCCAAAAAGUAGAAACACAUCUUGUCAUUCUCAUUCUUAUCAGUCUCAGUGCACCUAUGUACAUAAUAACGACAACUUAAUGUGCAAAUGUUGUAAAUAAAUGGCCAUGUUUUUGUAUUGUGAACUGGUCCAAGAUUGUAACCUGUGGAUCCAUGUGGGAAAGGAAAAAAACUGAGAAAAAGGAUUGGAUUGGAAAAAGAAGUGGAGUAAAAACAUAAUGGGAAGUGUGACUUUUCCACUCUUGCUGAAACCUGGAUGACCCAGUAGCCACACGCAAUUUGAGUAAAUAUAAAACUCCAGGAUGUGCUUAAUUAUUCCAACAUCUUGAAUAUUAGGAAAAUGUUUGAAUGUCCAGAGGGAAUAAUCCAGCGCAUUUCAAUGAGUUUAGUUAUUCAAAAUGUGUUUGAAUAUGAUGUUGUCUUGGUUUGUUGUAUAGCAUUGUGCAUGUUCCUCUAUAUAAAACUAUGUUAUUUUAGUGUAGUCAGUAGAGUAGAAACCAGCAAAAUAUUAAAAACUGCAUCAGCAA